AUGUCAAACCCUGCCCUCUACGGCCAAAAACCCACAAAACAACCCACCACUUCAACCCCGUCCUCAUCAAACCUCGCGUUCACAUCGACCCUCUCAUCCCUCAUCUCACAAAACAAAGACAGCAACCAGUCAUCACGCACCGGCCGCCCCCGCCCCUCGAAAUCCAGCAAAUCCGACAUCUUUGCGCGGCCGAACAAGGGAGCCCAAAAGCGCGCGGCCGCCGACCUCCGCGACGAUGACGACAACGCAUUCCAACAGGUCCACCAGUCCUCCGCGGACAUUGGUUCCGUGGAUGCGGCGACACUGCACCGCUCGAAGAGGCGGAUGGAGGAGAAGGUCCGCAUCUAUGAAGACUUGAAGAAGGGCGCAUAUCUUGCGGAGGGGAGCAGCGAUAGUGAAGAUGGGGGAAAGGGGACUGGAGACGCGUAUCUAUCUCGCCUGCGGAGGAAAGAAAAGGAGGGACUUGUUAAUUUCGAUAAGAAAUGGGCCGAUAGCCAACGAGAGAAAGAGGGGGCCUCGGAUUCCGAUACAGACUCGAGCUUUGAACAUACGGACAACGACGACAACGCCUCGAUAGUUUCCUACGAAGACGAACUCGGCCGUACGCGCCGCGGAACCCGAAAAGAAGCAGCGCGCGUUGCGAAAUUGCUAUCACAAUCUCAGGGCGAAGGGGGCUCAGAAGCCGAACGCUGGCGCCCCUCGCGACCGGAGAACCUUAUCUACGGGGUCACGGUGCAGUCUGAGGCAUUCCAGCCGUCUGAUGUUGUUGCGUCGCAGAUGGCGCAUUUGGCGAAGAGGCGGGACCGCUCGCCGACGCCCGACGAGGUGCAUUACGAUGCUGAUGCGGAGGUGCGAAAUCGGGGCACGGGAUUCUAUGCCUUUUCUAAGGACGAAGAGGUCCGGAAGAAACAGAUGGAGGAGAAAGAGGUUGACAAGUUAAGGGCGAAGAGGCGCGCAGAGAUGUUUCUUUCAGGGCUGGGGGAUAUCGGAGUUUCUGGAUAG